UGUGCCGGUUUGCGGGAGGCCCUCCAAAAACGCAUUGUCGAUCGUCGCCGCCUCGUGUUGUGUGUGUCCAGAAAACGGAAGUCAACCCGCACGACUUUUAGCACCAUUCACCCAUCGAUCGUGGCUGAAGUUAGUGUUAUCGGAGAGUGCCGUGCACGGGCAGCACGGGUGUCCGUGAUUGCGAUUGCGAUUCGUAGCUGCCUUUGUCUCAGAAGGGACCGAUCACAGGAUCGCGGCGUUAUGCAAGUGUUGGCGUUUCGCGUGUCACACUGAAAGUCGUCUGUCAUCGCAUCCCGGUCGAGGCGCACUUUCGGUUCAACAUUCAGGCGCGUCCGCUAGAGUUCUUCGUCAACUAGCCAAGAGUAACAAUCGCAACAGACCCCCCAAGGUGUCGGUGACAUUUGAGCUCGAACUCCGUGGGUUGCCCUCGGCCUUCCAGCAAAAUGAUCAACCAGAAGGCGCCGCUGGAAGACGACAGAACGACGAAAGGGAAGCCCCAGUACAGCGAGCAAUCGUACCUGGUCAGCCGGCAGUGCCUUCAGCGGGAAGAUUUUAACCAACUAUCGCAGUACGAACGACUCAAACCGACCGCAAUAGAUUCGAUCGGAUCCUCCAUACGGAAAGUCAAGUGCCUGACGACCUUAGCAGGAUUCUUUCCGAUCGUACAAUGGCUACCACAAUACUCACUGAAGAACGAUCUUGUGAGCGACAUGACGGCCGGGCUGACGGUGGCGGUCCUGCAAAUCCCGCAGGGCAUGGCCUAUGGAAUACUGGCCGGUGUUACCGCGAACGUCGGACUGUACAUGGCCUUUUUCAACUGUCUCGUGUACGCUGUCUUCGGUACGUCACGCCACAUUUCAAUGGGAACGUUCGCCGUAACGAGUUUGAUGACGGCGAAAAUUGUAGUAACCCACGCGACGGCCAUUCCAUCGAUGGUGCCCAACGGAACCGAUACCGUGAUGCCAACGUUAAGCCCAACCGAUGAUGUCCUUUACACUCCCAUCCAAGUCGCGACUGCUGCCUCGUUUGUAGCUGGAAUUUAUUACUUUAUGAUGAGCGUGGCCCGCCUCGGAAUGCUUUCGUCGCUGUUGAGUGAACCGCUAGUCAGUGGCUUUACGACGGCGGCCGCCGUCCAUGUCAUGGUGACGCAAGUGAAGGACCUCCUGGGCAUCUCCAUACCGCGGUACAAGGGAGCGUUCAAGGUGAUCCUCUCGCUGCGGGCGAUCUUCGGGGAAGUCCAAAACUCCAAUCUGACGGCCGUCUACACCUCCGUGGUGGUGAUUCUUUUCAUGAUCUUUAUGAACGAGUACCUAAAACCGUGGCUUGCGGGAAAGUGCCGGUUUCCGCUUCCCGCCGAACUGAUCGCCGUUGUAGGCGGUACGGUUGUGUCGUACUUAAUAGGAUUAGGGCCAAAGUUUGGUGUUGGUUUGGUGGGCGCGAUACCGACGGGUAUUCCACCACCUGAAUUUCCCCCAUUGGCUCUUAUUAAAGCGGUUGCAGUUGACAGUAUCGCAGUCACGAUCGUGGGCUACUCGAUCGUUAUGUCGAUGGGAAUGAUUUUCGCCCAGAAGGAUAACUACGAGGUGCGCCCGAAUCAGGAACUUGUGGCGCUCGGUGCUACGAAUGUGGUUGGAUCGAUGUUUUCCUGCAUACCAACCGCCUGCUCACUGUCCCGUUCUCUAAUCCAGCACCAGACGGGAGGCAAAACUCAGAUUGCGGGAAUCUUUUCGUCCCUCAUCAUACUGGUGAUACUCUUGUGGUUGGGUCCGUACUUUGAAAGCUUGCCGCGUUGCGUGCUGGCUGGUAUCAUCGUGGUGGCGCUCAAGGGCAUGCUGAUCCAGGUUUACCACAUCAAAAAGUUCCAUCGUGAGGGACAACUCGAGCUGUUCGUCUGGUUGGUCACGUUUCUUUCGGUCGUCAUCAUUGACAUCGACCUCGGGCUACUGAUUGGAGUGGUCGUCUCGCUGGUCGCCUUAUACGUGAAGGGCUGGAAGACGUACUACAGCUUACUGGGCACUGUGCCCGAUACCGCCAUCUACGUUGACAUCGGCAGUCACCAGCGGGCUGAGGAGCUGCCGUACAUUAAGAUCUUCAAGUACACCGGUGCAAUAAAUUUUGCCAACAAGACCACCUUCAGGAAAGCCCUGUAUAAGCAGACGAAGGUUCUGCAGCGCACGAACGUAUCGUUAGUGCCACGCUACAACGGCGAAUCGACGGGACUGCAAGCGACAAGAACGGUUAUAAUCGAUUUGAGUAGUGUGCCGCAUAUCGAUACUGCGGCUUGCAAAAUGUUCACCGAUAUUAAGACACAGUUGGAGAAGCUCAGUGUAACGCUUCUACUGGCCACUCCGGCGGACUGUGUCUACGAUACGUUAAUCCACGCGGAAGCAAUCGGAGAAGGAGGAUUCCUCAUCUUCCCAACCAUACACGACGCGGUUUUGCACGCACAGGGAUCCCUUUCCAAUGUGUAACGCUGCGGAUGGUUCAAUGUCGCUGUUCGUGAACAAACAAUGAGCAAUCAAUUGGCUCUAAUCCUCAGAAUAGUGCCUUCUUGGGGCUGGCCAAUGAAACGGUUACCCAAAAUUGGUUAGACAAUAUAUGAUGAAGAUCUUAUGACUAGCCGUAGAUGUAGAGUCCUAGGGCCGACGACAGCCGAUCUAAUUUGGAAUGAAAAUUGUUAAAAACAGUGCAGGUACGCAAUGUGUUUUGUUUUAAAAUAGGUUUUUUCCAUACCAUGCGGGUUGUGGCCCAAAAUAUAAUGCCGCCCAUUUUGGCGACGCAGACUUUUCCAUGCAGAUUAUACAAACAAAAUGUCACAUUUCAUUAAAUUACUCGUAAUAACAGCCUGUAGAG